AUGGGAGUGCAGUGGCGUUGGGUUGUACUAUCUUCGUUGUGGCUGGCACAGCUCGUAAAGCAGCCCACGCCCAUAAUUAGCGUUUCCUCUGGUCUGCUGCGUGGCACCGUCUCAACAGACGGCACGCAUCUUCGCUACAAUGGCAUUCCAUAUGCUUUGAUCACGGAAAGGUUCCAGGAUCCUCAGCCAGCUCCAAAAUGGGAGGGAGUACUUGAUGCGGUAAAUGAAAAUAUUAGAUGUGCACAAAGAUUCUCAAAAACAUGGAUUACCGGAUAUGAAGACUGUCUUACAUUAAAUGUUUAUACACCUCUAGAUUUAAAUAGAAAACCCUAUCCCGUUAUGGUUUACAUCCACGGUGGAGGAUUCCGAGAUGGAUCUGGCUCACCAUUUUUGUACGGACCUGAAUAUCUUGUCAAAAAUGGCGUUAUUUUAGUUACUUUAAAUUAUAGACUAGAAGUGCUUGGCUUCCUAUGUUUAGGUAUCAAAGAAGCUCCUGGAAACAUGGGACUAAAAGACCAGGUAGAAGCUCUUCGUUGGGUGAAGCAAAAUAUUAAACAAUUUAAUGGUGAUCCUGAUAACAUUACUUUAUUUGGAGAAAGUGCUGGAUCAGCGUCAGUUUUAUAUCAUAUCGUGUCACCAAUGUCUAAAAACUUAUUUAAUAGAGCCAUAAUGCAAAGUGGUUCAGCUAUUUCACCCUGGAGCAUGCAAUUGGAGCCUAUAAAAACAGCCUUCAAACUUGCCGAGCAAAUGGGUUAUAAACCAAAAGACGUUUAUGAAGUUUUGCAUAUAUUUAAGAAAAAAACCAUCAUGGAACUGUUGGGAACGCGUGUACCCAGACGUGAAGGAGAUACAAUUCUAUCAGAAAAUAUUUUUGUCCCAUGUAUUGAAGAAGUUUUAAACGGCAGGGAGCAACUGAUAACGGACAGCCCAUAUAAUAUAAUACGAAAUGGUAGUUUUAAUAAGGUACCUAUAAUGAUGGGGUUUAAUAGCGCCGAAGGAUUCAUGUUUGUUGGAAAAGAAAAUGAUACAACUAUAUCCAAGUUCAAUGUUUUUGAUUCCUUACCGAGAGACUUGGAGUUUCCAACUGCGUUAGAUAAAAUUACGACAUCGCAGAAGUUAACAAAAGUAUAUUUUGGAAAUUUGGAAAAUACAAGAGGCGCUUUAGAUUUAUUAGCAAAAUAUGAAGGAGACGCGGGUAUAGUUUAUCCUGUGAUAUUUACUGCUGACCUUUUGAUUAGAAAUAUGGAUAAACCUGUCUUUGUAUAUAAGUUUGCACGUGAUGGCUGGAUGAAUUUAUUGAAGUUGCUUUAUGGUUUCGUGAGAUAUUCUGGUGCAACACAUGCUGAUGAACUAUUUUAUUUAUUUAAACCAGAAGUAACAUUACCUAUGUCGUUUUUAGAACAAAACGUUAUACACAAAAUGACAACUAUGUGGACAAACUUCGCUAAAUUCGAAAACCCUAUCCCGUGCAUAAACAAGGAAUUCUUAAUCAAAUGGGAACCCAUAAAUCCGAUAAAGCCAGAACUAUUGGUCAUUGAUACUGAAUUUUCAAAAGAAACUCUUUGGAACGAUGAAGGAAUAUUACUCUGGAACCAAACUUACAAGGAAUUUAGACGAAAAAAAUAA